UGAAACAGGUUCUUAUAGAGAAGCUAACCUGGAGAGUUCUCAACUGUCCAAUUCCUGAUUUUCAGUCAAAACCAUGGCAUAUUCUAAUGGCUCAUCCUCUUGGACAGAUUGUCAAAACAAAGCUUUUGAAAAUGCCUUGGCUGUUUACGACAAAGACACUCCGGAUCGCUGGCACGAAAUUGCGAGAGCUGCUGGUGGAAAAACCCCUGAGGAAGUAAAGAGACACUAUGAAAUCUUGGUUGAAGAUAUCAAGAAGAUUGAGAAGGGACAAUUGCCAUUGAUGAACUAUAUUACCACCAAUGCAGAAAGCAGCAAAGGGAAGAGCAAUGGACAGAAAUAG